AUACAAAAAUUUACUCUGAAAGCAACCGCAUUGUAACCACGAAAACUCGUAGCAGGUGCCAACAUUUGGAGUUUUUUUCUUAUUUAUUAAUUUAAAACUUUUAACAAGAUAAACGGCAUAAUGAAUGAAUUUAAUAGCAAUGAUAAAAAGUGGUAUGAUGAAUUCCUGAAGGAAACGAAAGCUUGUAAACAUUCUCGCAGCGAAGUUGAAGUAAUUAAAUUAAAAGAAGAUGCCAAAAAACAUUUGGAUGCUGAGACUGCAGCAUUUCAAACAAAAAAAUCAACCGUACGAGAUUCUGAAUAUAAUUGGUUAAAAACAGCCGUGACUAGUGGUACCAUUGCUGAUAAAAUAGGAGCGAGUAUUAUUUUUAUUCAAGAAAACCCUAAAUGUAAUCUUAGUCGAUUAGUAAACCUAGUAUCACAAGUCAAAGGUUCUCGGCACAGUCAAAGCAGUUUGUUAAUCACAUCAUUACGAGAUCUUUUUCUAUCUGAUUUACUUCAUCCUCAAUACAAGCUUUUAAAAUUUGAAGAACAAAAUCUUGAUAAAGUUGUACCAUUGAAUGACUCUACCAUAAUUACUAGAGACGCUCAAACUAAAAAAUUACUUUCUUACUGGUAUUUUGAAGAUCAAUUGCGUGAACAAUAUGAAAAAUUUAUUUUAUCCCUAUCAGAAGUAGCGUCAGAUACUGUCGAUGCUAAUCGUGAAAAGGCUGUUUCUGUCAUGACUAAUUUAUUAAUUGGUAAUUCUGAACAAGAGCACCAACUUCUUUCAUUGUUGGUCAAUAAAAUAGGUGAUCCAAAAUCAAAAGUCGCGUCUAAAGUUAUUUUUUGCUUAAAUAAUCUUCUCUUAGAGCAUCCUAAUAUGAAGAUGGUAGUGUUACGAGAGUUAGAAAAAUUAUUGUUUCGAAAAAAUAUUAGUCAAAAUGCACAAUAUUACGCGAUAAGUUUACUUACACAAUUUGUUUUAAAUCGUGAAGAUGCUGACACUGCAACAAAUUUAAUUGACGUAUACUUUGCUUUUUUUAAAGCAUGCUUGAAAAAAGGCGAACCUGAUAGUAAAAUGAUGGCAGCUAUUUUAACUGGAGUUAAUCGUGCUUAUCGUUUUGCUAAUAAAGAAGCAAUCAAAAUAAACGAUCACAUUGAUUCUAUUUAUAAAGUUGUUCAUGUUGGUUCAUUUAAUGUGUCUCUCAACGCGCUUAGUUUGCUCUAUCAAAUUGUUGAAAAUGAUGCUCAGCAAGAACGUAGAUUUUAUACUGCUCUGUAUGGUAAAUUACUUGAUCCUCAAAUUGGUUCUGCUAAAAAAAAUGCAGUGUUCCUUCAACUUUUGUUUAAAGCGAUGAAAAAUGAUAAAAGCGUAACACGGCUUUAUGCUUUUGUCAAACGAAUUUUACAGAUUUGUUUAUAUUUUCCAGCUUCUUUGAUAUGUGCUACUUUGUGUAUUAUAUCACAAAUUUUACGGUCUAGAAAAGAUUUAAGGCAGAUUUUAUUUAGAAGUACAGUUGCAGUCAAAGCUGAAGAGAAAACAAGUGAAUAUACAAAAAGCAAUAAAGAAAAAGAAGUUGAGGAAGAAAUCAAAUCAGUAUCAAAAACUAAUAAAAAUAAAAAAUCUCAAGUUAAUAUUAUGUUACCGAAUGUUACUUUUGAUUCCACAAAUACUUCUGAGACCAAGGAAAAAACAGAAACAGAAAUUAAAAUUGAAGAAGAUACUACACUUAUUUAUGAUCCAUUUAAUGUUAAUCCAUUAAAAUCAGGAGCAAGUAAAUCACCAAUAAUUGAACUUGUUGCUCUUUCAGAACAUUUCCAUCCUAGCGUGGCAUUAUUUAGUCGUAAUAUUAUUGAAGGAAAAACAAUAAAUUACUCCGGCGAUCCUCUAGAAGAUUUAACAUUGAUACGGUUUUUAGAUAGAUAUGUAUUCAAAAAUCCAAAAAAAUUAGAAGAAAAGAAAGUUACAAACAAUGGCCCACUUGCAGUAAGGGCAAAAUAUACACCAAAAGGAAUACGAGCUAUUCCUGUUGAUAGUCAAGCAUAUCUUAAUGAAAAAGAAGAGCGUAUUCCUGUGGAUGAAUUAUUUUUGUAUCGCUAUUUAAACAAGAAACAUGAAAUUAAAAGUUUUGUUAAGAAAGAGAAAUAUGAUGAUGAAAGUGACAACGAUAGUGUUAACAGCGAGGAAUUUAAUGACUUGCUGGAUAAACUUAGUGGAGAUGAUAAAGACUUUGAGGAGGUAGAAUUAGAUUUUGCUGGAGAACUUGGAUCGAUGAAGAAAACUAAAAAACGGGCGAAUGAUGAAAAUGAUGAUGACUCUGAUGAUGAAUACGACGACGUCGACGACGAUGAUGAUAUUAAUGAUGAAGAUGAGUCAAUGGAUGAUGAAGAUUUGGAAAAUAUGAGUGAUAUGGACAUAGGUGAAGAUGAUGAUGCAAGUGACAUGGAAUUUAUUGAUGAUGAUAACGACAAUGAUAAUGAGCUUACCUUGAAAAAAUCUGUACAAUCAGUUUUAAAGAAGAAUCAAACUGUAAAAGGCAAGAAAAAGAAAUUGAAAAAUGAAAUUGACAAUAAUGUAUUUAUGUCAGCUGAAAAAUUCGCUGAAAUAUUAGAACGACAAGGACAGUCUAAACAAAAACACGGCAGUUCCAAUGUACUUAGCGAUCUGGAUGGGGCUAGUGUUAAACAAUUGGAUUGGGAGAUUAAAAGGAAUCAUAAAAUUUCUGGUAAGUUUGGUGGUAAAAAACGAUCAAAAUUUUCUAAAGCUGCCCCUGUGUCUCGUAAAAAUAUAAAACAAUUCAAAAAAAGAUAUUAAAU